CGCAAAGACAGGGAGGCGAUCGAUCGAAAUCGAAGUGACGAAGCGGCGCACACAGGCAAGUUCUGUGGGGUGGCGCUCGAUUGAAGUGAAGAAGCAGCGCACACACAGGGAAGUUCUCUGGGGUAAGUGAGUACGAGGAGGAGGAGGAGAAGGAGCAGGAGCAGGACGAAGAGGAGGGGCAGACGUCGCAAGAAGAGUAAAUCUUAACGAUGCAGAGGGCAUACUCACACUAUCACUUUCCAAAAUGAAUCUGACUGCAAUUACAGCCCGAGCAGAAUGCAUCUGACUGUCAUCUCGUCCUGAGCUCAGUCGAACAAGUCCUGCGGUAGUGUGCGCAUGCGCAGAGAAGGGGUAAUUAGCAUUACAGGCAUGUCCCCUGCGCGCAAGCGUGACAUGAAUCGAUCGAUCGAGAAAUUGAACGGAGUAGCGACGGGGCCCCGUAAGGCAGAGGCAGUGAUGACAAGCAGGACCGUUGUCUGAAACCCAACUCAUUCUUCUUCAGGUGAGGAGGGGGCAGAGAGAGAGGCAGAAGAAAGGAGGAGCAGGUUCAGAGAGAGGAGGAGCAGGUUCAGAGAGAGGAGGAGCAGGUUCGGAGAGAGGAGGAGCAAGGGGAGAGCACGCAGUCGGGAACAGGAGGAGGAGGAGGAGUAAGGUUCUGUACGGAUUAUUAUGGCGGACGGAGCAGAACCCGCCGCUGCUGCGGUCGCUGAUUUAUCUUUGAGCGAUAAGGCAGAGGAAACUCCAUUGGUCGAGAACAUUGCCAAGGACAUAACGGAAUUAAUCGGCAAGACGCCAUUAAUGUACCUCAAUUAUGUGACGGAGGGGUGUGUCGCCAGGGUUGCGGCCAAGAUGGAGAUAAUGGAGCCCUGCUCCAGCGUCAAGGACAGGAUCGGCAACAGUAUGGUGAAGGACGCAGAAGAGAAGGGGCUGAUUGAGCCCGGCAAGACGGUGCUGGUGGAGCCGACAAGUGGAAAUACGGGCAUCGCGCUUGCAUUUGUUGCGGCUGCCAAAGGUUACAAGUUGAUCCUAACCAUGCCCGCGUCAAUGAGCCUAGAACGGCGAGCGCUGCUGCUUGCAUUUGGCGCAGAGCUUGUGCUUACAGAUCCAACGAAGGGGAUGACGGGUGCGAUCAGGAAGGCGGAGGAGAUCGUGAGGAAUACGCCGAAUGCGUACAUGUUGCAGCAAUUCAACAAUCCGGCGAACUGGAUGGCGCAUUACAGGACAACGGGCCCGGAGUUGUGGCGCGACACAGCUGGUAAGAUUGACGGUCUCAUCGCGGGAGUUGGGACAGGAGGUACCCUAACUGGGUCAGGAAGGUAUCUUCGGGAGAAGAAACCCGACGUCAAACUGUAUGCGGUGGAGCCUGAGGAGAGCCCUGUUUUGUCGGGCGGAAAGUCGGGGGCCCACAAGAUCCAGGGCAUUGGGGCAGGUUUCAUCCCAAAGAUUAUGGACCUUUCGAUAGUGGACGAGAUUCUGAAGGUGUCGAGCGACGAAGCAAUCGUCAUGGCGAAGACGCUGGCUAAAAAAGAAGGCCUUAUGGUGGGCAUGUCCUCGGGAGCGGCGGUCAUUGCCGCGCUCAGGCUUGCGAAGAGGGAAGAGAACAGAGGCAAGCUCUUUGUUGCAAUCUUGCCAAGCUUUGGGGAGCGCUACCUAACUUCCGUGCUUUUUCAAGCCGUUCGUGCCGAAGCGGAAAAUCUUCCUGUUUGCUCCGUCACAGUGUAGUUUACAAAAUCUGCCUGCCUUUAUUGUCAUGAUCCCGGCUGGUCGGAUUCUCAAAAUAUCCUCCCCAACGGGGGGGAGGGGGGGGGUUGCUCUCCAAAAGGGGGGAGGUAGUUUGCUCCCCCAAGGGGGGGGUUGCUCACAAGUUGGAUUGGUGGGAAUUGUUAAGGACAUCAAAGAGUAAGAGAUUGUUGCCAAGCAGAAGACAAUGAAGGAAAGAUGGAAAGGAAGAGGGAUUGAGCUGACAAAGGAUGCAAAUACACCUCUCCUUCAGCGGCCAAGGUCGUGGCCCCUCGUGGGGACAACUGUUUAUUGUGAGAAUAUUUCUUUGGUGGAAGGAUGCAGAAUUUGCAGAGCAUACCUUCUUCAGCGCCCAAGGUCGAGGGGCAAAUUAUUGUGGUGGAAAUAGAGGUGAGCCCCUGAGAAAGGGAGAGAGGGGGGGGGGGGGGGGGGGGGGGGGGGGGGGGGGGGGGGGGGGGGGGGGGGGGGGGGGGAAGGGUGAUAAUGUAAGCGGGGGGGAGCGGUGGCAAAGUGUAAGCUGCUCUUGGGAUAUCGGGGCUUGUUGUAAACGGUCAUAAAUCUUUGUUUGUUGAUGGAAGCAAUAGAACAGAAUAUUCUGCAAAAAAAAAAAAAAAAAGAACAGAAUAUUCAUUUUGUGCGUAACGAGGGAUAGUAGCCAUGUACACAGUUAGGGCCACGUACUCGGGGCCAUGUACACAGUUAGGGCCAGAUACCCAGGGCCAUGUACACAGUUAGGGCCACAUAGUCAGGGCAUAGUCACACUAAGAAUUUUUUGACUAAGCUCCGGACACGAUUUCGGUUAGAUUCAUCCGUCUCUAACCGUAAUUUCAGUUAGAUACAUGUAGGAAAGUCCCACUGUGGGUAUGACCUCAGUCAUCCACUACGAUGGUGGGAAGGGUAGCGAUUUUUCCAGGAAAAGGGGUCUGAAAUGGGGGUCUGAAAUGUCAGAAGGGUGAUGACGAUGAUGAUUGUUAGAUGUGCACAUUUUUUUCUGUCAAACUCUGCAGGCAGGCAUUUAGGGGUUUUAACCAGCUGGCAAGCCACUGCGCAAACUGUUUGGAUUGGGGGUUGCACCGAGUGGUGGUUGGAACGCUGCGGAACCCGGCGGAACAAGUAACUGACACUUUAUUGGUCUGUAAAGGCGUCAUCCUUUCGUUCUUGGUCUGCAGUGACCGUUUCAUUUAUUGCCAAAUUUAUUGGUAUGCCGGCGGGAGGGACUGGGUCUUGUUUCAUCUUUCUUAAGCCUCCAUGGAAUUGCGUCGGCGGACUGCAAUAACCGUAAAAUUGUGUUGGCGAACUGCGAUAACCAUAAAAUUGUGUUUGCAGGGGUCCCCUGUAUAGCCUUAAUAGGAGUAGUGGUAGGUAGGUCGGGAAAGAAAGAUAUGUUCCAUGACACAUGCUUGGCAGAAGGGCAGUUACAAAAUAUGUGAGGUGAGAGAAAAAUAUAUGGCUGUCCCCCAAUGAGAAGAAGGAGCAGCUUUAAAAAAAAAAAAAAAAAAAAAAAAAGCAAUAACCGUAAAAUUGUGUUGGCGAAUUGCGAUAACGACUCUGGAGGUAGGGGACCAGUUACGGGGAUUAUUGAAGGCUGCGACAAGUCAGACAGCGAGUAUAAGACUCUCCUUGUAAAAAUAAAAAUAAAAAAUAAAAAAUAAAAAGACUCUCCUUGUGAAGGUUGGGCAAGCGUUCAUACAGUGACGUAAGUUGCAUUUCCCGCAUAAAAAAAAAGGUUAAAAAACAAACUUGUCCUAAAGAGGAUGGAGCCAUGAUGAUUUUUGGAAAGGAGGGAAAGUUGAGCGAAAAAGGAGGGAAUAUGGAAGGACAGGGAGGGAAAAAGGAGACCUAGUACUUGUCUGUGUAUGCGUGUAAUUUCCUGUUGAUUCUAUGAUGCGGUCUUUGCAGUUCUUUAUCCAUGUAGUUGUCGUAGCGGGCCAAGCACAGGCGGGCUACUGGCCAUGGCCAGUUUACGAU